ACCUUCCCUGCUUGUAGUUUGUCCUUCUGCAGUUUGAGGUUUUCUUGGAAUCCACUCUCUGCAUCUGUUCAUAUGUAGAUUUAUUUGCUACGGUCCAGGACCUCACUGCAAGUGGUUCUGUUGCCUAGUUUGAUGAUGUUCCCAGAAGCAGGUAAGUGACAUAGCUGGGGCCAGAUGUGAGCAAAGUCAGGUCUUAGAGUCAUACAGAACCAUGCACUAGCAACUUCUGAUAGGUUCUGGUGCUUAAUAGCUCUAAGUGACAAGGAGCUAGGAAUGUGGAAUUAAGAAUUCUCUGGAUCAGCAUCCAUUAUAGGAAGGAAUGAGAUAUUUGAGUUGAUUGUUUUCUGUUUUUUUCUGUUCCUAGAAAUAGUGUAUUUUUAGUCAUUAAUAUAUUGAUCUUGCUUACAUUAAUAUCCCAGAAAAUUUUAUUCCUUUUUUUUUUUUUUUUUUUGCCACAUCGUGUGGGUCCAACUCACAUCCCCUGAAGUGGCAGCUCAGAGUCUUAACUACUGGACCAUGAGGAAAGUCCCUAUUCCUCUUUUAAAAUAAACAGGUGGAAUACCCUGAUGACAUCUCCUCAGAAAGUGCGUUGCUCUCUUUUCAGGGAAAUUGAAUUUUACAAAUUAAUUCUGGAUGUUUCUCCUAAAACUGAUUUCCCUUUGUUUACCGUUAAAUGACUAUUUCUGUUCUUCUUUUCUGGGCAUUAUAUUUAUACUUAAGUUGUCAAGUUGAGUUAGAGCAGUGUUUGUUAUGCUAAAAAGGACUCUGGGCUUGUGAGAACCCUUCUUGGGUCUAGGUUGACAUCUUAGAACUGUAGGAGUUCCUGUUUCUCUGUGCUACUGUGUAUCAAAUACUGACUUCUGAACUAACCCCCGGGGCUUAUUCUUGAUGUUGUGGACUGGGAGCAGAAAUGUUGUCUUAGUGAGAGAGGUCCAGGAAGCAGUAGGCUUCACCUUUCCUCAGCCGCCUUGGCCUUUGGUGAGCUUGGGAGUGUUGACAGAGUUCUGAGCCUUCUUGGCAGAGAAGGAAGGUCAGAAAGAGAGAAGUUCACGGGCAGGGGGCCAGGCCCUUACUUGCCUCGUUAGAGAGAAUUCGGUGUUGUCUGUCUGGUUGGCAGGGCACACCUAAUCACAGAGACCCAGCAUUUCAGCAGUUUGCAAAUGAAAGUGAUAUGAAGGGACAGCUGCAAAUCAGCCACAACCUAGAUCUGAGGAGAUCAAGCAUUUACUUCACUUGGAAGAAAGAGAGAAGGAAGGAAGCUGAGGGCUUAGCAGGUCCCCAGGUAUUAUUGGACAGGCCAUGGCUCCACGGUCCCGACGACGAAGGCACAAGAAAUCCCCCUCAUCAGUGGCUCCCGUGGUUGAGACCCCACCUGCAGCUGUGGCUCCUGUGCCUCUGAGCCUCUCUAAACCUGGCCCUAGCAUUGAUUCACUUGGUUUCUUCUCCUUGGAGAAUAAUGUUCCUGGCCUAUCCCAGCUGAUCCUUCAAAAACUGAACAUGAAAAGCUAUGAAGAAUACAAGUUGGUGCUAGACGGGGGUACUCCUGUGUCAGGCUUUGGAUAUCGAUGCCUUGAAGAAAUGUUCCAGAAGAUGGAGGACACAUUCCGAUUCUGUGCUUACUGUAAAGCACUCCCCAGUGGACUUUCAGACUCCAAGGUCCUCCGGCACUGCAAAAGGUGCAGAAAUGUCUAUUACUGUGGUCCAGAGUGCCAGAGGUCAGACUGGCCAGCACACAGGAAGGUUUGUCAAGAACUGUGUCUUGUAGCUGUGGACCGUCUCAUGGAAUGGCUUCUGGUCACAGGUGAUUUUGUCCUACCCUCAGGACCUUGGUCAUGGCUGACUGAAGUUGUACAGGGUUGGGACACCUGGUUUUCUAUGCGAUGUUUACAGCUAGAUGAUACACUGGAUGCUCUGCUUGACAGUCAGGCCAUGACCACCCUGUGGGCCAGUGUGAGACGGCCAAGACCAGACCCAGAUGUCCUGAAGGGCUCUUUGAAGCGGUUGCUGACGGAUGUCUUGUCACGGCCCUUGACACUGGGCUUUGGGCUUCGGGCCUUGGGAAUAAAUGUUGGGAAGGUUGGGGGAAGCACAGUGCACGUGGUUGGUGCUUCUCAUGCAGAGACAUUCCUCACUCGCCCUGGGGACUAUGAUGAGCUUGGCUACAUGUUUCCUGGACACCUUGGUCUCCAUGUAAUCAUGGUGGGUGUAGAUGUGGCUGCUGGCUUUUCACAGAGCACCUCAGCUUCACUCCUGGAACCUGGCACAGUUCAGCUUAGUGGCCACAGGGGCCUCUAUCAUGACUUCUGGGAGGAGCAGAUAGAGACUGGGCAGAUGGCCCAUCCAGAUUUGGUGGUGGCAUUCCAUCCAGGUUUCCACGCUUCCCCAGACUUGAUGGAGGCUUGGCUGCCCACCCUCUUGCUACUUCGUGAUUAUGAGAUCCCUACAAUGAUUACUGUUUACAGCCGUCAGGAGUUGGCAGCCUCGUUGCAGAUUUUGGUGGACCUGGAUACACACAUCACAGCCUAUGGAGCUAACCCUUUUGCAUCCCUUAAACCUGAACAGGUCUACUCCAACCCCAACAAGCAGCCAGUUUACUGCAGUGCCUACUAUAUCAUGUUUCUUGGAAGCUCCUGUCAGCUGGAUAAGAGGCAAUUGGAAGAGAAAGUAAAUGGCAGGGUAUAAAUAGCUGAGCCAGAUCAUGACUGGAUGUCUAGAAAAUGGAGAGGCUGUGAUGAAAUACCUGCUGAUGCCAGAUUGUUGCCAACUUUCAAAUCCACUAUAUCGUAAACCUAAUUCACUUUGUCUUGGUAGAUUCUAAGCUGAAUGGGAGCUCCUGUAUGAUGUGACUCAUUUCCAAGAGGUUAGCCACAUGUUGCUUCUAGAGACAAGAUUCUAGAUGAGGGCAGAAGGCCCUCAUAUCAGUCUUUGUAGACCAUCAAGUUCUUAACAGUUUCCUUCGUGAGAAAGUUACACCUUUUGACUUGAACCACAUGGCACCAAGGAGAAGAAUGGCACCUUACUCUUUUGAAAAAGACUUUCUUCUUAUACAGCAGUUUGGACUAAAAAAAAUGCAGAUGUCAUAAUGACUUGAAGUAGUGGAAGAAUAAGCAAUUCAGAUAAGUGGUUGGGAACAUGGGGGAGGUUGUAAGGAUUGGCAAACUGUUCUACUUCCUGGCUUUUUCAAGAUAUAUUUCUCAUUUUCCUGUUUCUCUUGAGGACUUCUAACUUUAGAGCAACUUUUUGCCCUUGUGUUCUAUUUUAGAUAUCCCAAGGUGUAUCAGACUUUACUUGAAUAUACUGCAGUUUGUUAUCACUUGGUCUACACCACAAUAAAUUCAGUUUGGGGCUUCUUAAGUCACUUGUCUUAUCUUAUUUCCUAUUCACUGGCAAGUGUUACUUGUCUACAUAGAACAUCUCAAGAUUGGAGCUUUCUCUCUUGCCAAAGGAGUGGUUAACAUCAACUCUCUUUUUGGGCCUGUCACUGUACCACACCCUGUCCGUUGUCAUCCAU